UUUUGUUUAGUUGGAAAGUCGGUUCUCGUCAAAGACGCAUCAUCGUACAGUUAAUUUAAUAAUCAGACGCUAGAAAAAUUAUAUUCCCUUAAAUAUCUACCCGUAUAUAUAUAUUAAUUAUAUUUUCAUAUUUAAAAAAAAUUAUAUUUUUAGUAAUACGCGCAUUUGUCAGCGUUGAUGAUUGGGAUUCCGCGUGACGACCGGCACAAAAUAACGGUUAAGAUUCACAACACAAUGAAGCGAAGCUCUAGUCGCGAUACUCCGCCUCGCGUCAAGAGAAGUAGAUCCUCCAUGGGACGGUACGACGAAUCGAGUGACGAGCGUAUCACGCCCGAAAGAAUCCGUCGACGCAGCAGAGGAGCCCGGAGUCCAAGUCCGCCACCACGAGCAUCAUCGCACGCUCGAUUUGUGGAGUCUGGUUCACAUCGUGAUGAGUAUCUACGAGCACCUCCGCCACGUGAACUACCACCAGAGCGUCCUUACAGCAGCUACAAAGCUCUCUGUGUCAGUGCUAUCCAUCCUAAAGCCAGCGAUGAAAUAAUAAAAGACACUUUGUACCGUGAGUUUAAAAAGUUUGGUGAGUUUUCCAUCAGGAUAGCUCACGAAUUGGACGAGCGUGUGGCGUUCAUUUGCUUCAGGAGCUCUGAGGAUGCACGAGAUGCGAAGCACGCGAAACCACGGAUAAUAAUAUACGACAAAGUGGCUAUUGUUGAACCGGUAUAUGAAAGACCAGAGACUUAUCGUCGUCCACGUUCAAUUACACCACCAGAGUAUGAUCGUUACUAUGCUCGUUCACCAGGUCCCGAGAGACACCGGCCAAUAGAACGCUAUGAAAGGGUUUAUGUUCCACCAGUUGGGAUACCACCUCACCGUGAAAUGCGACGUGAAGCAAUACCACCUCCUCAUCACGAGUUUGUACGGCCACCAUUGCACCACGGUCCGCCGCAUGUUCAUCAUCCAGGGCCGCCACAUCACUACGGGCCACCGAGACACAUGAUGAUCCGUCAUCCAGUUCAUGGUUUCGAACGCGUGGAAAAUAAAAAAGACAAAUUUCCAAAUUAUCUUCAUCAUGUUUCACCUGAAGAUGACCCACUGGCUACACGGACACUGUUCGCUGGUAAUCUUGAGAUAAAUAUCACUGAAGAAGAGCUACGGCGUAUAUUCAGCAAGUAUGGAAUUGUAGAUGACAUUGAUAUUAAACGACCACCACCUGGUACCGGUAAUGCAUACGCGUUUGUACGUUUCCAGACUCUGGAUAUGGCCCAUCGUUGCAAAGUUGAAUUGUCUGGUCAGUACAUUGGUAAGUUCCAGUGUAAAAUAGGGUACGGUAAAGCAACACCAACAACACGUAUUUGGGUAGGAGGUCUAGGGCCUUGGACAUCGGUACCACAGUUGGAACGUGAAUUCGACAGAUUCGGUGCAAUUAAAAAAAUUGAUUACAUAAAAGGUGACAGCAAUGGUUACAUUUUGUAUGAUUCAAUAGACGCAGCUCAAGCGGCAGUAAAAGAAAUGCGAGGAUUUCCACUAGGUGGACCUGACAGACGACUCCGAGUUGACUUUGCCGAUGUGACUCCUGGCUUUGGCUUUAAACCACGACCAUAUCCGGAAGAAGGUGGAGAAUUCAGACCGCGUGUACCUGUUGAGUAUGAUCCACCGUACGAAGCAUACGGUCCUGAGGGAGAAUUUACUUAUCCACCACGAGGAUUCCGUGGACGAGGAGGUGCACACUGGCACGAUCGUCGAGGCGGCGCGAGUCGUGGAGGUGGCGCUUACCGCGGAACUUAUCCAGAAGGUUACAUACGGGAUGAGCCUGAUUGGCCAACUAGAAGACCACCACCUGAAAUAGAAUACGAACCACCUCGUGGUAUCCGAAGAUCUAUUUCCAGAGAACCGGGUGUUGAUCGUUCACGCUCAAGAUCACCGCGAAGAAGACCCAUGGACUCGGACUCUGAUUCCGAAAAUGCACGAACUGGAAUGCUUUCUACCUCACGCACUCUUGCUGAAGUUGCACGAAAAUCAAUAGCUGUAUGGCAGGGCGCUCUUAUUCUAAAGAAUUCACUAUUUCCAGCAAAGUUCCAUCUUACUGACGGUGACACAGAAAUUAUUGAUGCUCUUAUGAAAGACGAAGAAGGGAAACACAUGUUACGAAUCACCCAAAGAUUGCGUCUCGAUCAACCAAAACUCGAUGAUGUGUCAAAACGUAUCCAAACCUCAAGUUCUCAUGCUAUUUUCUUGGGUCUCGCUGGAUCCAGCACAGCUGUAACUAACGAUGACGCAAAUGUACAGACACGGCCACUGAGAAAUCUAGUGUCUUAUCUUAAGCAAAAAGAAGCCGCGGGUGUUAUUUCUCUCCUUAACAAGGACACUGAGGGCACUGGAGUGCUCUACGCUUUUCCACCUUGUGCAUUCUCCACAGAAUUACUAAAGCGAACGUGUCCUAGUCUCAGCGAAGAAGGGCUCAAGGAAGAUCAUUUGGUAAUCGUUGUUGUCAAAGGCGGCAGUGCCUAGACAACAAUUCAUUAUAUUUUAUCUUAAAUAUCAAUACCUUCUUUUUUAAUAUUAAUUCUAAAAAAAAAAACAAAAUAUUCAACUACUCGGAUUUAAUUUUUUAAGAUCAAUAUUAAUUAUUAAUCAUUACUACUAUUAUACAAAUACAUAUAUAAAUAUUUUUUUCUUUUAUAUUUAGUAUUCGAGUCGGGAUUUUCUUUUAAUCCAUUUUCUUACUCAAAUUAAAUUAUAUAUACAUAUACUUAUUUUUUUUAUUCGUCUCUACGAAUAAAAAAAAAAUUUUUUUAAUUUUACUACGAGUAAGGGAUAAUUAUUUUUUGUAUUAUAUAUAACUAAUGGAUUUAUACGAAGUAACUGCCUCGAGUUUUUAACAUUUUUUUUUUCUUUUCAUUAAAGAAUUAAAGAACAAUAAUUAUAAUCCAAAUCCGUGACAAGACAGACAAUUUUUUUUUUUUAGACCAACGGACAAAUUAAUAUCUCGACGUGACUGAUAAAUUUUUCUUCCAUUAUAUAUUCAUUAAUAAUUUUACAAAAACAAAAGUAAUUAACUAAUGAAGUAAAGUAAUUAAUUAUAGAAUUAAUAUCAUGCAAGUGUAAAAAAAAAAAUUUUAAAUCUGCAGAUCAUGUUAACACUUUUUGUCUCUGCACAAAUCAUACACAUACAUUUUCAUACAUUAUAUAUAUAUUUAAAUAUAUAUAAAUACUAUAACUAUUAUUAUUACACUUAUAAAAAAAAAAAAUUUAUACAUGUAUAUUAUCAAUUAACUCGCUAAGGAAUUAAUUAACAUUUUAAUUGUUAAAAGAAAAAAAAAGUAUCUGCAGAGUCUGGCACUCAUCGAUCUCGAGAAAACGGACGUCCAUGAAAAAAUAAUUCAUUUGUGUAGUAAAUAAAAAAAUAAAUGUCAAUUGUUUACCAGAGCGAUGAGCGAGUGAGAGGGUAAUUAAUUAAUUAAGACAGCAGGAAACUAAAAUUCACCGUAAAUAUUUAAUUAAUUAAUCACUUGUAUCAAUGAUUUAGACAAAAAAAAUGUUUUACUGUGCAAGUGGUUGUGUUGAAAAGUAAAAAAAAAAAAAAAAGAAAAAAAGAAAGGAAAGAAACAGAGUAAUUGUUAAAAAAAAAAAAAAAAAUAGAAGAAACUCGUGUUUAAAUUAAUGUUAGCAACAUUGUGGCCGUAGUGCUGGUGUUUUAAAUGUUAGUUUAAAAAAAAAAACAACGAAAUAAUUAUUGUUUCAAAUAAUUAAACGAUAUGAUGAAUAUUGUGACGAUCAAGCGAAAUGAUAAACACCUAGUGACAGUUAUUACUUUUAUUUAAUUUUUUUUUCUUUUGGUUGCGUCCAUUGGAUAUAUUGUACGUUUUAAUUUAAAUAUCAUCAUAGUUUUAAUGAUAAUACGUAAUUAGAUAUUGACAAAACAAAAUAAUGACAAAAACAAUAGAUGAUUAUCAAAAUAUCAAUCAAUUGAUAAUAAUAAUAACAAAAAUUAACUUUAAUAAUAAUAAUAUUGAAAUUACAGUUCUGAAAAAUUUUUAAUUGUGAAAUAUUUUGUUUUGGUGGCUAAAGUGCAGCUUGAUGAUAAUAUGCGAUAUGUUUUGUGUAAAUUAGUUAUUAUUAUUUUUUUUUUUACCAAUUACUAUUGACAGAUAAACAAUAAUGGUAUUAAGUAUUUACAAAAAAUGAAAUCAAUUGAUGAGUCAAAAAAAAAAAAUGAAAGAAAAAAUAAUUGUGUACAGUGAUGUAAAAAAAAAAAAAAAGAAAAAGAAAUGUUUAAAUAACCAAAAGUGAUUGUUAGUGUGUACUCGUCGAUGUCUCUUAUCAAUUAAUAAUCAUAUUAUGUUUAAUUAUUUGAUUUAUUUUUAAUUACCGAUGAAUUAUUCGAUUACUUUGAGGCUUGUGUAUUUAUUAACGCGAUAAAACAAUUUAUGAUUUUGAAUUGCGAAUAAAAUAUAUUAAAUGUUUAAUAAAAAAUAAUGAUAAUUAAACAAAAUAAUGAUUAAAGAGAAUCGACGAGAAGAGGUGCAGUGGAUCAAGUGUAUUAGGUGUGUUUGAAAAAAAAAAUUAUUAUUAUUGAUAAAAUAGAUGUCGAUAUGCAGAUAAAAAAAUAAAAAUGUGUGUUUAUUAUAAAACCGAGGCCCAAGUUCCUACUGUUGAUGUUUUAAUGUUUAAUGUUGAUGAUGUUGAUAAGUUAAUGAUAAGUUUUAUAAGUUUAUUAAUAUAUUGAUUGAGUUAUUAUGAAAAUUGGUUUUAAAGUUAAAGUUAAAAAUUGAGUUUAAAGUUUUUCGUUUGUUCGUGAAUUGAGUGACGUUUAAAAAAUUUCAAAGUUCAUUAAAUUAUUAACUUUUAAAUAUCGUUUUAUUACAAAUCGAGUCAUUGAUUUGAACUAUCAAUUAUGGAUUUAUAAAAUCAUUUAUUAUUUUAUUGAAAUUCAUUACUUUAUGAUAAAAUUUUUUUUAGUUAAAGUUUGUUCGUUUUAAGUGAGAAAAUUAUGAAUAAUUAUUUUUAAAAAUCAAGAAAAGUGAUUUUAAAAAAUGGUGCUGUGUCAAUGCAUUUGUUUUUGUAAAUUUAUUACUAUUAUUUUACUCAAGUAAUUUAUUUUAUUUUAUUAAUUAUUAGUUUGUCAUUAAAAUUGUGCACCAGUGACUUCUUAUUAGCAACGCGAGAUUCAAUAUAAACUGUUAGUGGAUUUAUUUUUCUUGUUUUAUUAAAAUAGUUAUCAAUUGCUCGUGAAUGGGUGAUUAAGUGAGUCGGUGUUUUUUAGAUUUUAAAACAAAUUAUUAUUAUUUUAAUUACAGAUAUAUUUUAUUACAAUAAUAAGUAUCGUACUUUUUAAAUGGGUAAGUUUAAUAACCGGAAAUGGAAAAGGAGACUGAGGAUUAGAUCGGAGAAUAGACUUUCUGUUUCAGAUUCCAGUUCAUUUUUACCAGAGGGUCCAUCAAGAAUAAUUUAAUUACAGGCAAAUAUUUAAAAUUAUUUAUUUUUGCUUCAAUUUUUUAAACAUUUCUACAAGAAAAGUUUGUAAACAUUUAAAUAAACUUGAAAAAUAAUGAAUUGAAACAUGAGUGAAUGUCGCAGACAGACAAAUUUGAAAUUAUAAAUAAAUAGAGUAAAUAAUUGAUAAAAUUAAAUUAAAAAAAAAUGCGCAUUUAAAAAAUUAAUAAGUCCAUUUUUUAUGAAUAUUAUUUUUUGAAUUAUUUACUUUAUUUAUUUAUAAUUUUAAAUUUGUCAUGUCUGCUACACUCUCAUAUUCAAAUGUUGACGUCAAGACAAUGAGGAUGAAGAUAAAACUUUAAAUUCAUUCAAUGUACCUGACAAAAAUGAAUAAAAUAUAAAACAAGUAUA